CGUAAGGCGGAGAAUAUCCUGUGUUCCGGAUUCCGUGUACUGGAACUUUCUAUUUUACCCUACCAAGUUCAUGUUUGCACUGGAUAAGGAAGAAAGAAAGAUAAAAACAUGGAAGUGUCGGGGAAAUUUGCUGUUUCUUCAGAACAAGAUUCCAAUCUUUACUGCUUUCCUUGCGACAGAGAUGGUUUAAAAGAACCAGCUUUUGGUUAUUGCCAGGACUGCGAUGAACAUCUUUGUGAGAGUUGUUAUAAACACCACAGGAAACCAAAACCUACUAUGAACCACGUUCUGCUUGAUAAAGACAGAAUGCCACAGCAAUUGAAGACUGGGAAUGUAAAAAAUGAUCAAAUAACUGAUUGUUGUACAAAACAUAGCGAUAAACCACUGGAAUUCUAUUGUAACACACAUGAUUCUAACGCGUGUUAUGUUUGUGUGACUCUAGAGCACAAGCACUGCAAAGUAGACUAUAUUCCCGAUGUUUCAGGAAAUUUGUCUGGUGAGCUUGAAAAAAUGAUUGACAGAAUGGAGACACUUAUGCAAAAGUGUAAAUCUAAUGUUAGAAUUGCCGAGACUGCUACAUCAAAUAUAGAACACAUGUAUACGGCCGUUGUUGAAGAUAUACAAGUUUUCAGAAAUGAAAUAAACGAAUGUCUGGAUAAGAUGGAAGCCGAAAUUAUGAGGGACGCUAAAUCUAUCGCACUGACAGCAAAGAGUAAACAAGAAAAUGUAUUGACAGGAAGCUUACAUAUCGCAGAGGAAAUGUCAAGUACAAUGUCAGUGCUCAAGUCUCUUAGCGACGAAAACAAGCAGAAUAAGCUGUUUAUUGAGAUGAAACACGUUGAGCCUCAAGUUGCAAAACUAUCGGAUAAAGAGAAACAAUUAGCUGAAGAUAUGAAAACAGAUGCUGAAAUCAUAUUCCUACAAAAUGAGAAGACACUUAAUAAACUGAAAAGUAGCAACAUUCUUGGAACGAUUUCUACAUACAGGAGACCUUGUGCAGAAAGUGCAGUAUAUGUCCAGUAUGAAAGAGAAAUUCAAGUGCAAUCCCCCUCUGAUGAGUCAAGAAGCAAUAUCUCCGGAAUGGUACUAAUUUCCACAACAAAUAUGAUCGUCGCUGACAACGACAAUAACAAAAUUAAAAUAAUAAAUAUAGACGAAGGAACGCUGGUAUCAGAGAUGAUCCUGUCUACAUCACCACAAGAUGUUAUUAAACUUCCACAAAAUAAAUUUGCUGUUGCAUUACUUGCUGAAAAGUAUAUCCAGAUAGUGUCUUACACUGAUACAAGUUUGUCUUUAGAUCGUCGUAUAGAUGUCGGAGAAUCGUGUUAUUGUGUAGCAUAUUGUCAGGACAAGCUAGUAGUGGGCUGUAAUUGUAAUCCAGGAAAGCUGGUUAUUCUGGAUUUAGACGGAAAUAUGAUACAGGUGUUUGAUACUCCUGGCUUGUUUAAGGGGCCCGAAAAGAUUGUUAUCAGCAGUGAUGAGAAGUUCAUCUAUGUAUCUGAUUUUUACUAUCAGCAUAGUAGAGUUGUAAAAGUAGACUGGCAAGGUAAAUGUGUACAAAGAUUCGAGGAUCAAGAAUAUAAAUAUCCUGAAGGAAUACAAGAGUUGGAUGAUGGUACGUUGUUAGUAUGCUGCAGAAGCAGUAGCAAUAUUGUAAGAUUGUUGAGCAGCUUCAAGAAAUGUGAAAUUGUAGGCAUUGAGAAAACAGACAUUUUAAUAAUCCAGUGGCUGUAUAUUACAAUGAUAGAACUCAUAAACUGUACAUUAGUUGUUCAUCUGAAAAAAAUAUAUAUUCUCGUGAUAUAAUCAAGAUAUUUAGUGUAAAAUGGACUUAGAGAUAUGUUACCACUUGUGGUGUAAUCUAGUACACUUAACAAAACUUAUAACUGUGCAGUUUUUAAAUGUGAAUAAUUUUUUCAAUACUUGACAUUUUUUACCCAAAUUUUGUAAUUCAUCGUUUGAAUUGUUUAUUUUUACAAUGCUAUAUUCAAAAAUAACAGUUAUUUUUGUUGUGUGCGUUCAUCCGUGACAUGACACAAACAACAAAGUGAACGUGAGGAUGACAGGUUGGUGCUAAAUGAGGUUAUUAUUGACCAUCAAGGAUUCUAUUAAAAUAAAGACAUCCGAAAAUCAAAACUAAAUUGCAGAUUUUUUGCAAUUGAAAGAAAAAUGGCCGUCUAGAAGUUUUACGCAAGGAAAUUUGCAUUUCGGGCGCCCAUUUUGAAAAUAAAUUUGCAUAAUAUUUUCUCAAAUAAACAUAUUGACUAAGAUUUUACUUUAAAACUAAAAACAAACUUUCUUGGUACUUUCAUAUUAAUGAAAAUAUCGUGUUUGCAUUGCUUUUAGUAACUGGGUACAACGCGUUACGGAGAUCGACAUAAACCAGUCUUUACUGAAAUUCAAUAAAGCAAAUAUUAAAAUCACAGUGACAUAAUGCCCUGGAAUUCAUUGUAGUAUUAUACCCUAUCAGUGAUCCUAUGUUUUAUGUUUGUAUUUUAGUGAAAUCAAGAGAUCUAGACCUUCUUGCACCCAUUAUAAAUACGCAAUUUAUAGAAAUGUGAAAUUCGGGUUUCGCGCAAUCUUGCACACAUCGCUAUUUCUCAGUAAAUACGAAUCGCCCUGACAUAAUAAUCGGUACCCAUCAUUGCACAUAUCUGUACUAUACUUGGUUAGAAUUUUAGAGACCUAUGAUUAUUAGUAUCUGAGAAAAUUUGAUUUUUAUACGUGCACAGUUAUAAGAUUUGUUAAGUGUAUUUAUAGAAGACAAUAAAUUAUAAGAAACGCUAGUGUAUCCAUUUCAUUUACUGUAAAGGGAGAACUAUCUCUCUGAAAGUAUGCUGACAGUGACAUUUGUGUAAUAUAUUGUAUCAUAUCAUUUUGCCAAUAAAUAUUUUAAUUAACCACAAAUUAUCUUUGAAUUGAUAAAAAGCCCAGCAGUUAAAUCAUCGAAGACAUCCUGGUUACUUUUGAGAUAAAUAAUCAGUAGAGUUUCUAUUUGCUGGUAUUCAUGUAUAUUAUUGUAUUAGGUGAAACAUCAUUCAAAUGGAACAUCUAGGAAAAGUGUAAAUGUGAUAGAGAAUAAUGAUUAUUUGAUCACUUUUUAUGUUCGACAUGGCAUUGUUAUAUCCAACAGGACUGCUUUGUUAUGAACAAACCUGCAAAAUACAAUUUAAAACCUUUUAAGAAAAUGAAUGCCCGUACAAGAAGUUUGUCUAAAAUAUACAUAUAACCAAAUACAAAUUGUGAAACUUAAGCGUGUCUGAAAUGUUGGUUCUGCACACAGUCUUAUAAGAUGUAAAAAGAUGUAAAUGUAACACAUAUGACACGAUUUUCAUCACCUUAUUAUAGGGUCUAUAUGCAAAAUUAUCCCGCAAACGUUUUGUGGUCAAUCUUACCUUGAACA